AUGCUUAUAGUAAUUGCUGGCUUAUUAUCAAAUUUUAAUGUGUUUGCCAUUAAUUUAUUAAUAAAAAUAAUGAUAAAUGAUAGUAAAGCCAUGUCUGAAGAAGAGGAAGAUACAGAAGUAAAAAUUUAUUGGGGAGAUUGCAAUGAUUAUACAUUAGAACAAUGAAUGGAGUAUAGAAAGAAAAUCUAUCAAUACGUAGGUGAUAGCUAUAAACCAGCUGCAACUGAAGUAGCAGAAAAGCCUUGGCUUAUCCCAGGAGCUAACAUUUCUGAUUGGUUUAAUUUUGGAUUUGAUGAAGAAAGCUGAAAUGAGUUUUUAUUAAAUCAAAUAGCUUUACGGCAAGCCAAAAUCCUUGAAAAAGAAAAACAAAUGCAGGAAGCCGUUGCCAAAAGAAAAGAACGACGAUCUUCAUCCACAGAAAAAGCAGAAAGAAAGCAUCAUGAAAAAUCUAAACACAAAAAACACAACGAUUUCAAAAAAAGCAGAAGAUAA